AUUAUGUUGGGAAUUUUAGUUCCCUUGGUGGCCGCUGGUGAGUGAGAAUUGAUCACUGAGAACUACUCUGCAUCUCUCAUCGAGAUUUUCUCAUUUUGACAUACAGAGUGAUAUAUUUUCAACAGUAUUUCCUGCCUUAUCUAUUGACUUCUAAUCUUAAUUUUAACCUACCUUGGCAGAGAGUCCAUAAUAAAUGUGAAUUAAUAAUGUAUUUGGCAACAUAUUGUUACUUGCCUUAUAGACGAUCACUAAUAUUUGUUAGCCAGUUGUUAACUUUGCUUUAUUACCAUACAUCUGAAUUGCAGAUUGUAUCACAUGCAGGCACUUUUGGUCCUUGUGGAGCAACAGGAGAAAGAAUUUUCCUCUUUGACCUUCUGUGUUCAAAUCAAGAUUUAUUUUGCAUAGAAAUCAACUUUGUUUUGGGAGGACGAAUGGUGGUGGUCCUUAAAAAUUCUUUGUUGUGACAUUGUUUACCCUGUAAAUGACUAAUUCAUACCCUAUUAGUCACAAUUCGGAGGUUGUUAUAUCUGCAUAUCUUGGUGCUCGGCCAAUCCUUUCAAUGAUGAUUUAAUAUAAGAAAUUGAGGGAGAUUCCUAGACUGCAUUAUGUGAGAAGGCUUUGGCAUGAUGUUUCUGUAAAUUUUCCAAUAAUAUUCUGCUGAAAUGAUUUCUCUCAUGGUACAGUUCUAUUGAAGCAUUUUUAGAAAAUAUUGGUGGUGAUGCAGCUAUAUAUUGUUAAUUGUAUUGUGGAGUGAGACAUAUGAUGAAAGUUUUGUUACUCCAUUCACAAGUCUUUCUAGGACAUUACUGAUAUUACUAAAUAGUUGAUAUAUAU